GUCCGACGGCCUGUAUUUUCAUCAGGCAAUUGGCCAGCGACUUGUCAAUCAGUCCCCGUUCUCUACGCUGAUUGGUUCGCUCCUCCUUCCCAGGCUGCCGCACGCCAGCCAUUCCGAACGAUUUCCUCGUCGUGAUUGAUGCCGCUGCCCGUUUGCGCUGCUUCUUUCCCCUGUUGAGUCGUCCGUCAUGUUUGUUUCCGCGGAUUUCAAACUCAAAAUAUAUUAAUAGCGGCUUUAAUUCGCCGCUGUCGGGGGGCCGGCGGCGCCCGGAGGGAUAUGGCACAGCGUUGGACGCUAUCCGACUGUGUGUCCUCCGCGGCGGUCUGUUAAGAUUUAAAUUAGCCGAUAACACCACCGGGGUUGAUAUUUAGACGGUAGUGUCGUCGGGGAGACUGCAACCGCACUGCCGCGAUAUGGAAAAACACGCCUGGUUUGGAGACCUCUGAUCCUAUUGGCUCCUCCGCCAACCAGGUGACAGUCAGCUGACGUCCUGAGGAAGGAGAGACCAGAGUGAGACGAGGAGAGUUCCCACUUGCCCUGCUUCCCACUCCGCCAUAAUAAUGAUGUCUAUACCCAGCGGCAGCCCAGAGCGAGAGGGCUCCAGCGUGGCUCCCUCACACCUGGACUGCCCCUCUUCCCCUCCCGGUUUGGAUCCAGACCCCCUGUCGACGGGCAGCCCGGUCCUCAGCCCGGACUCCUCUUCCCAAGAUGCAGUGCUGUCAGCGCCUGCGGUUUCCCCGGCGGACUCCGAGAACCUCAGUCCAGAUGAACUGGAGCUGCUGGCGAAACUGGAGGAACAGAAUAGGUUACUGGAGGCCGACUCAAAGUCCAUGCGCUCCAUGACGGGCUCGCGGCGCAACAGCGGCUCCUCACUGGUGUCGAGCUCCUCGGCCUCCUCGAAUCUGUCGCACCUUGAGGAGGACACCUGGAUCCUUUGGGGUCGCAUCGUCAACGAGUGGGAGGAGUGGAGACGCAAGAAGGACAAGCUCCUCAAGGAGCUGAUCCGGAAGGGCAUUCCUCAUCACUUCCGGGCCAUCGUGUGGCAGCUGCUGGGCAACGCCACGGACAUGCCUGUGAAAAAUCAGUACUCGGAGCUGCUCAAGAUGUCGUCCCCGUGCGAGAAGCUGAUCCGCAGAGACAUCGCCCGCACUUACCCCGAGCACGAGUUCUUCAAAGGUCAGGACAGCCUGGGACAGGAGGUCCUCUUCAAUGUCAUGAAGGCAUACUCCCUAGUGGACCGAGAGGUGGGCUACUGCCAAGGCAGUGCGUUCAUUGUUGGCCUGUUGCUCAUGCAGAUGCCCGAAGAAGAGGCGUUUUGCGUGUUUGUGCGUCUGAUGCAGGAAUAUCGUCUGCGAGAGCUCUUCAAGCCCAGCAUGGCCGAACUGGGACUCUGCAUUUACCAGUUUGAAUAUCUGCUUCAGGAGCAACUUCCAGAGCUUAACGUCCAUUUCCGAUCCCAGAGUUUUCAUACAUCCAUGUAUGCCUCAUCCUGGUUCCUCACCCUCUUCCUGACUUUUCUCCCUUUGCCUGUUGCCACUCGCAUAUUUGAUAUUUUUAUGUAUGAGGGCCUCGAGAUCAUCUUCCGUGUGGGCAUGGCCAUUCUGCAGUAUAACCAGACGGACCUCAUUCAGCUAGACAUGGAGGGCAUGUCACAGCAUUUUCAGAAGGUGAUCCCCCACCAGUUUGACAGCUGCCCGGACAAGCUCAUCCUCAGGGCGUAUCAGAUCAAAUACAACCCCAAGAGAAUGAAGAAGCUGGAGAAAGAAUAUACCACCAUCAAGAACAAAGAAAUGGAGGAGCAAAUUGAGAUCAAGAGGCUACGCACAGAAAAUAGGUUGCUGAAACAGCGGAUUGAAACCCUAGAGAAGGAGAGUGCUGCUCUGGCAGAUAGACUCAUCCAGGGUCAGGUGACGAGGGCGCAGGAAGCGGAGGAGAACUACGUGAUCAAGCGCGAGCUGGCAGUGGUGAGGCAGCAGUGCAACGCAGCCAGCGAGAGCCUUGAGAAGGCGCAGGACACCAUACGAGAGCUGCAGCAACAAAAGUACACGGAGCAGUUUGUGAGCGGUCUGCAGACAGAGCUGGAGCAGUCCAAGCUGCGUGAGGCCGAGUUGCUGGGUGCGAUGAAGGAAAUGCAGGACAAGGUGCUCGAUCUGGAGAAGAGGAGCAGCUGUUUGCCCGAUGAAAACAACAUGGCGGCUCUGCAGGAGGAGGUGAAGCAGAUGAAGCUGAGAGAGCUGGAGACGCUUCGCUCAUUCAGAGAGAUGCAAGAUUCUGUCACCGAGCUCAACCAGCGCUGGCAGCAUCACAUGUCCCGCAGCGGCAGCACGGGCGGCGGCGGCAGCCACUGGAAGGAAUCGCCAAAGAAGAACGCCAUGAACGAGUUGCAAGACAAGCUGAUGAGCGUCCGCCUGAGGGAGGCGCAGGCCCAAGCCGAGCUUCGGGAGGUCAAACUGAAGGCUGUGCAGCUGGAGAGCCAGAACACAAUCCACAGCAAACUGAUUGGCCGCCAUGAGCAGGAGCGCUCCGCCCUCCAGGAUCGUCUCCAGAUGUUGUCUAACCAGAACAAAGCUCUUCAGGCCCAGCUCAACGAGAUGAAACGGAAGCAGGCCGAGUGGGACUGCAAGAGUAAAGAGGAGGUGAUGGCCGUACGACUGAGGGAAGCCGACAGCAUGGCUGCCAUGGCCGAGCUCAGGCAGAAGAUCGCUGAGCUGGAAAUUCAGAAAGAGGAAGGGCUGAUCCAGGGCCAGCUGAACCACUCUGACUCCAGGCAGUAUAUCAACCGACUCCGGGACCAGAUCACUGAGCUCAAAAAUGAGAUCAGGCUAUUGCGAGGUCAGAAGGCCAGGCCCCCUGGCUCCAGGCUCUCCAGCGUGGGCGCCAACUACCAGGAUCUUUGCCUGGCCAGCCCGGCUUCGGCUGAGGGCGACUACCUGAGCUCUGAUGAGGACCUCCUCCACAGCCCGCUGCCCUCUAACGCCCUUUACCCGGCCAUAGCGGGCACGUGUCACCCGUCCGCCCGCCUGGACAGCGAAGGCAGCACGGACAGCGAGGCGGAGGACCGGACACACCCGGACCCCCCGCAGCUGUAUGGCAGUAUGGUGUGCGCCGAGGCCAUGGAGAACUGAGGAGUGCUGAUGGGUUGCUAUGGCGACGAUGAUGAACAGUAUCUCCCUACAGUGAAUGCAUCCCUCACAUUUAUGUAAAUAUUUUAUAAAUAUCUUUUCACGGGACAGCACUGAAGAAAUUACACUUCUCUACAAAGUAAAGUAGUCUGUGUACAGCUUGUAUAAUAGUGUACAUUUACUGUUUCCUCAAAAUAAUUCAAUGCACAGCCAUUAAUGCCUAAACCGCAGGAAACAAAAGUGAGUGCACCCCUAAGUAAAAAUGUCCAAAUUGUCUACAAGGUGUCAAUAUGUGUGGCCGCCAUUAUUUUCCAUUACUGCCUUAACUCUCUUGGGCAUUGAGUAAACCAGAACUUCACAGGUUGCCACUGGAAUCCUCUUCCAGUCCUCCAUAAGAAUAUCACAGAACUUGUGGUUGUUUGAAACCUUGGGCUCCUACACCUUCCAUUUUUAGGAUGUAGGAAAUAAUGUGUGGCCGGACAAAAGAUUGACACACUGGGUCCAAUUUAACGUUCUCAUUUAGGGGAAUACAGUGGGGCCUUGUGGUGUAGCCCAACUUGAGGUUUUGCUAGACACAAGCCUUUAGCAAAUAGUCAACAAGUCAUGAAAAAAGAGGCUUCGACCUGUUUAAUGCCAACCACAGUUCAAAGUUUACCAUCAAACCAAACAUAUAACAAGGAGAGUUACACGCUGUGUGUUGAAAACAACCAAACAAUGUUGCUUCAAGAAUGGCUCGCCAGCUUGCUGCUAACAUAUAAUGGAAAAUGCCAUUGACAUGUUAAUGCUAACGUUAGCAUUUAUAGUCCUGGUUUUAGAAGCAACGGAUGUCUACAAAUGGUGGAGCAACACAUGUAGAGACGUAAUAUAACUCUAUUCACAGGAAUAGAUUAUUUGUCAUUGAUGAAAAGUUCCUUUGUGUCUUCAUGGCUGUAUUAUAUUGCCUGUUGGUGGCCAAGACGGGCAGGAACAGCACAAUGAAAUGAGUUGCAGCAUUAAAUCAUGAUGUACAAACUGAUUAUUUACAUUCUAUUUAUGUUAUCACUCGUGUGUUUUUAUGAAGUACAAUUUAUAGUGCUAUUUUUCCGUAAUUAUAAAACAGAUGUUUUUUUUGGGGGGGGGGGGUGGGUAAUCUGCAACUGAUUAAUGGUGUUUCCAUUCAUUUCAAUGGGGGAAUACGAUUUGAGUUGCAAACAUGGUCACAGAACGAAUUAGUCAUAUCUCAAGGCACCACAGCACUCGCUUGUGUUGCCAGUGGUUUAGACUCGGCUGUGUGUAGUUUGCUUUGAGGGAACAACAAAUGUACACUGUUACACAAGUCUGUUAGCUCACUACUUCACAUUAUAGCAAAGUGCCAUGUUUUUCCCAGUGUUGUCCCAUAAAAAUAUCAUAAAAUAUUGACAAAAAGUGUGAGGGAUGUACUCCUCUUUGUGAGAUACGCCUGGACCUCAAAAACUGUCCUCUACUCCAGUACAUAUCCAAGCCCAACAGACUAAAUAGACUGACAUGGACCUGCAAGCCUGCUGCUCCUAAAGUCAUCAAUGAUGCUCGAUGAGCUGGCAGCCCAUUAUAGAACUCUCCUUCCCGAUUGAGUUAGAAUAUCGGAUAAUAUCUUUUUCGCACAUCAGUCCUCGCUGCCUUCGCAACAAAAUGUCUGUCAGCCGAGUGCGGAGCCGUCUCGUGGUUAUCAAAACAGGCCCGAGCAGCAGCAGAGGAUCUUGCUCACAUCGCCAAAUGGCGUCCGUACACCCAUCUUGACCAUUUCUACAUGCUCGGGACGUUCAAAGUGCAAACCUAUUCAAGGAGGGGAAAAAAGGAAGAAACUUCCAACGUUGCCAAAUCAUAUUUUUUUUUUUUUUUUUGUAUUUUAAAGUAAUUUAUGUUAUGUAAUUUAUUUUGAUAUGAUUUUUACUAUCAAGUGUCAAACCAUAGGAGUGUGUUUGAGGUACUGACAGGGGGCUCGUGCCCGCCCUGUACGUGCCAACCGAGGGCCACCGCGAACUGUCGUCCGUGUGGUGUGACGCAAGGUGACACGUCAUGUGCUGCUAUCGUCUUUCAUUUGUGCAUAGUGGGAUGUCUCUUCUCAACAUGAAGUCAUCGUUGUUCAUUGCUGGUAUGUGUGUGUGUGUGUGUGUUUCGUGCUGAAGGAGAGUUUGACAUUUUUUGAAAUGCGUUCCGUUCUUCCACUAAAUUAGUAAAUCGGGACACAAUAGUAAGUUCAUACGAGCAUGUUCUGUUCCUACGGAGGUAAUGUAACCCGAAUUUGUAUGUUAGGCAGAAUACGCCGUAGUCUGUCACUGUAUUAAAGUCAUAAUUACAGUAAAUAUUUGCAAAACAUUGCUAGGCCAUAAAUGUAAAGCAGUAAAUGGGGGGGGGGGGACAAAAAAAAACAGUAUGGCAGUAACUGAAGGUGUCUUCCUGUGCCGCGUGACCACGUAUUCUGGCGCCGUUCGUAACCUCAAAACAUCAAAUGUAACUACUGUAAUGUAAUUUAGCUUGGUGCUCCUUGUUGACAAACAGCACAAACGGAGGAACUCAAAUGAAUACUAGCAGUCACAAGGUCCAAAAAGUCUUGUGGUGACAAAAAGUAGGCCAAAUACAGGUGACUGACCAGCCAACAAAACGCAAAGUAUAAAAGUUACCAUUAUAAAAUAAGUUCAGUGUCCUGAAUAUACAUUUUGUAUGGUUUUUUUGUUUGGAUUCCAUUCAUUUUAUUUCCACUCAUUUUAAAGUAGGAAUAAUUGGGGCUUUUCUGCUCCCAGGCUCCCCCUAAAUUUGUAAAGUGUAAUUUUUACUGAUAUACAACUGGGGCAAAUACACUUUUGACCUUGGUAAGUAUACUUAAUGUUGGAAUGGUUUACUGGGACCGCAGACAACUGCAAGUAUUAACAUUAGCACAGAUGCUAGCGCAACACGAGAGGUUGAGGUCUGUGCAAAAAGCUGGUAAAUGUAUUUCCCAAAAUGUCAAACUACCCUUAACUUUUCUUUGUCUCAUACAAGUGCUUAAAUUCAUGUUUUCGGGCUCUGGGGGAAUUUUCAGUUAGCUACAACGUGUGGAAAUGGAUGCUAACAUGAGCCUAUUUUGCAUAUCAAAUGCUGAUUAUAUUCAGUUUAGAAAUUAACUAUAUACACAAUAGUAUGUCAGUCAGAUUUAAAAUCGCAGUGUCGCUUUUGAGUCAAGACUGACAAUAAACAGGGUAUCGGGUUUUUUGCACUACACAGAGAAAGUCACAAGAUAUGCUAUUGAUUCAUUGGUUUAUAAUUGCCCGUUUUCCUUUAUACGUGAUCGGCCGUCCAAAAUGAAAACAUGAAAUUGGAUCUUCCCGUGAAGCCAUCAAAAGGGUUAAAGAGGAUGUAGUAUUGACAAGCGUACUGUUGCAAAUAACAGCCUUUUAGCGGUCCAUGUCACAAGGCCCAUCUCGCCACUGGAAUCAGUGUUAGCGAUGUUGUAAAACUUCCUUCUGUUUCUUAAGCUUAACCAGACUGCGGAGGCUGAGAUUCUUCCUUUUUUGAUUGUUGGCCCUGGCCGCCAGGUGGAAUUAAUGCGUAGCAGGUCUGCCUCAUAUUUCAGAAUCAGAAUCAUCUUUAUUUGCCAAGUAUGUCCAAAAAAAAACACACAAGGAAUUUGUCUCCGGUUGUUGGAGCCGCUCUAGUACGACAACAGACAGUCAAUUGACAGAGAACACUUUUGAGACAUAAAGACAUUGACAAAAAAAAAAUGUUUCUAAUGUUCGGGUUUUGAAAAUCGACUCCGACCUACCUGUGUGGAGUUUCUUAACCGUUUUAACGCAAUCAAAGAUCAAAAUGUACAUUUCGCUCAACACGAAUGAGCUUUUAUUUUUCACAAACCAAAGUUAUCCGCUCUGAAAUUAUUGGACUUUUGGACUCUCAGCAGAUUGUGUCAAUUACUAACGCUGCGUUCAAUAAAAGUGAGAAAUUUCCAAUGUUGGAAAGGCACAUUGGAAUGUUAAAAGCCGUUGUAGAAAUAAAUGCCUAACAACACACUUAUUAAUAAUCAUUUGAUGAUGAUAGCUUGUGGCUAAUGGAAGCCUGCGUUUUGUGAAUCUUAUCGACAAGGGACUUUUUAAAAAACAUUUAUUUUUAUUUUUUUAACCACAUACUGAAAUGAACUUUUUUUUACACUAUGUUAAUUUAUUGAGACGCACCUACAUGCAGGGCAAGGAACGUCGAGCACCACUCAACAAUUGAACACGGGCUCAUUAUUUCAAAAACAUUUCAUUCAUCGUCAAAGGCAGCACACCAUGCACACUACUUCACAUUUCAUUGUCCAAUUAUAGACUUCAAAAUUCAGAAAAUCACAACACGUCAGCUUUAAAGUGACGGUGCUCUGAUGUGACGACAACUACUGUGACAAACUUUUUUUUUUUUUUUUUUUUUUUUUAAUCUACAGAAUACUGGGUGAUACUUGCUUCAUUUUGACCACUGCCAUCCAUCCGUUUCCCCUCAUGAUCAUCAUUCACGUGCCAUAAACGUACAGAACAUACUCCCUCCACACCCCUUGUCGUAUUUGAACACCUUAUUAGCAAGACUUUUGCUGAUUGAGGCAACUUGACGCAAUGUGGUGUCCAACAUUUUCGUCAUCCUCUCUCCCCCUCUUCUCGCAUUUUGACUGAUAUACUUGUCGCAAAACUAAAGCUUCUAUAAAGUCUAGUAUGAUGAAAGACAUUUCAGUGUUCUGUAUCCCAUGUACAAUACUAAAUAAAACUUUGACCUUU